GAUACAAAAAGCCCGCAAAAAUCGUUCCCGUUUCCGGCGAUUAGGGUUCUUGGUCUGAAGCUGCCUCCGUCAAGAUUCUUCAACGGUAAACAAGAUACUAAAGAUUCCCUGCCUUAGUUCUUGUGAUAAUUCUUUUUCGGUAUGGAGUCGCCUACUGGGAAACGGAAAACCAUAGACAGUACAAUGAAUUCCGAGGCUUCUAUCCAAGAUUCUACACCAAAGAGGCGAACAUUAGCAAGGACAUGUGUGCAUGAGAUUGCUGUCCCUAAUGGGUAUACGUCUGUCAAAGAUGAAUUGAUUCAUGGGACCCUAUCGAAUCCUGUGUACAACGGAGAGAUGGCAAAAACCUAUCAAUUUACCCUUGAUCCUUUUCAACAAGUUUCGGUGGCUUGUUUAGAGCGAAAAGAGUCUGUAUUAGUUUCUGCUCACACUUCGGCAGGAAAAACUGCAGUAGCUGAGUAUGCAAUUGCAAUGUCUUUCAGAGACAAGCAGAGGGUUAUUUAUACUUCACCUUUGAAAGCCUUAAGCAACCAGAAGUACAGAGAACUAAGCCACGAAUUCUCUGAUGUUGGGUUGAUGACCGGAGAUGUAACAAUCUCGCCAAAUGCGAGUUGUUUGGUUAUGACGACAGAGAUCUUGAGGGGAAUGCUCUAUAGAGGUUCCGAAGUCCUAAAAGAGGUUGCUUGGGUGAUAUUUGAUGAAAUACAUUAUAUGAAGGAUCGUGAAAGGGGAGUUGUUUGGGAAGAGAGCAUUAUAUUCUUGCCUCCUGCUAUUAAGAUGGUUUUCCUAUCGGCAACAAUGUCAAAUGCCACAGAGUUUGCUGAAUGGAUAUGUUAUUUGCACAAGCAGCCAUGCCAUGUGGUUUAUACUGAUUUUCGGCCUACACCUUUGCAGCAUUAUGUGUUUCCCAUUGGUGGAUCAGGGCUGUAUCUUGUUGUGGAUGAAAAUGAACAGUUCAGGGAGGAUAAUUUUGUGAAACUGCAGGACACGUUUUCCAAACAGAAGCUAGGAAAGGGAAAUAAAAGUGCAAAUGGAAAAGAAAGUGGUAGAAUUGCAAAAGGAGGGUCUGCUUCAGGAGGUUCUGCUUCCGGAGGUUCUGAUAUAUACAAAAUUGUUAAGAUGAUAAUGGAACGCAAAUUUCAACCAGUGAUAAUUUUCAGCUUCAGCCGGCGAGAAUGUGAACAACAUGCCAUGAACAUGUCCAAGCUUGAUUUCAAUACCCAAGAGGAGAAGGAUGUGGUGGAACAAGUUUUCCAGAAUGGAAUACUCUGUUUAAGUGAGGAAGAUAGAUCCUUGCCAGCAAUUGAAUUGAUGUUGCCAUUACUCCAACGAGGCAUUGCUGUCCAUCACUCAGGACUUCUUCCAAUUAUCAAGGAGUUGGUCGAACUUCUUUUCCAAGAAGGCCUUGUAAAGGCACUUUUUGCGACAGAGACCUUUGCUAUGGGUUUAAAUAUGCCUGCCAAGACUGUUGUUUUCACGAGCGUUAGGAAGUGGGAUGGGGACAGCCACCGUUAUGUUGGAUCUGGUGAGUAUAUCCAGAUGAGUGGAAGGGCAGGACGUCGUGGCAAGGACGAACGGGGUAUUUGUAUCAUAAUGGUUGAUGAACAGAUGGAGAUGAAUACCCUCAGGGAUAUGGUGUUGGGAAAACCAGCUCCAUUGCUCAGUACAUUCAGACUUAGCUAUUACACAAUCUUGAACUUACUGAGCCGUAGUGAAGGCCAGUUUACUGCGGAGCAUGUUAUUAAGAAUUCUUUCCACCAAUUUCAGCAUGAGAAGGCUUUACCUGAUAUAGGGAGAAAAGUGUCAGAACUUGAAGAAGAAGCUGCUCAGCUUGAUGCCAUAGGGGAGGUCGAUGUUACAGAAUAUCAUAAUUUAAAACUUGAAGUAGCCGAACUUGAGAAGAAGAUGAUGGUAGAGAUGACGAAGCCUGAAAAAGUUCUUCAUUUUCUUCUACCUGGCAGGCUGAUCAAGGUGAGGGAAGGUGGAACAGAUUGGGGAUGGGGAGUGGUUGUGAAUGUUGUGAAAAGGCCUCAGGCAGCAGUGGGAACAUUACCAGCUUCAUUGUCUUCUUCACAAGGUACUAGCUAUAUUGUUGAUACAUUGCUUCAUUGCUCUUCCGGCUCAAGUGAGAAAGGUUCACGACCAAAACCAACCCCACCCCGUUCGGGUGAGAAAGGAGAAAUGCACGUGGUCCCUGUCAACUUCCCCUUAAUAUCAGCUCUCAGCAAACUCAGAAUAUCAGUCCCUUCUGAUCUUCGCCCCCUGGAAGCGAGACAAAGCAUACUUCUUGCUCUGCAGGAGCUUGCAAAACGUUUUCCUCAAGGUCUUCCGAAGCUAAACCCUGUGAAGGACAUGGGCAUUGAUGAUCCGGAUAUUGUCCAGUUGGUAAAUCAAAGUGAAGAGCUUGAAAAGAAAUUGUUCGCGCAUCCUCUGCAUAAGUCUGAGGAUGCACAACAGAUGAAAGGCUUCCAUAGGAAGGCAGAGGUGCAGCAUGAGAUUCAACAGCUGAAAGCAAAAAUGCGAGAAUCCCAGCUUCAAAAAUUUCGUGAUGAACUCAAGAACCGAUCACGAGUUCUAAAAAAACUUGGGCAUAUUGAUGCUGAAGGUGUUGUCCAGCUGAAGGGACGAGCAGCAUGCUUGAUAGACACUGGGGAUGAGCUUCUUGUUACUGAAUUGAUGUUCAAUGGUACAUUCAAUGAUCUUGAUCCUCAUCAGAUUGCAGCUCUUGCAAGUUGCUUCAUUCCAGGUGACAGAUCCAAUGAACAAAUACAGCUUAGAGCAGAACUCUCUAAGCCAUUACAACAGCUCCAAGAAAGUGCAAGAAGAAUAGCAGAGAUACAACACGAGUGUAAAUUGGAAAUUAAUGUGGACGAAUAUGUCGAGGCAGCAGUUAAACCGUUCUUGAUGGAUGUUAUCUACUGUUGGUCAAAGGGAGCAUCUUUUGCGGAGAUCAUACAAAUGACAGAUAUUUUUGAGGGUAGUAUAAUUCGAUUAGCCAGAAGACUGGACGAGUUUCUCAAUCAGUUGCGUGGAGCGGCACAAGCUGUUGGGGAGGUUGAUUUGGAGAAGAAAUUUGAAUCAGCCAGUGAUAGUAUGCGAAGAGGCAUCAUGUUUGCAAAUUCCCUUUACCUGUGAAGUCCAGUUGCUGUAUUAUUAUGAGAAUAUGGCAUCAACAUUGUCUCGCGGGAAUUCUAUGGAACCGAAAAUGAUGGGGAUGGUAUGAAAAAAAUCAUCAAAGUAGAAUUGGGGCUUGGAUGGUAAAUGUAUUACCUGUUUUAAUUCGUCUCAAUGUAAUUCCUAAUUGUAAUAUAUGUUUGUUCUUUUGUAUGAAAGGUUUAGGGCGUUUUAGAUUUAAUACCCUUAUUCUGCUUUCAUAAAGAUUGAGUACAGCAAUGUUUUAUCAUUCUUAGAAAUUGUCACUUUUAUUGAGAAUAUGGACUUUAAUGCAAAUUAAUUUUUGGAGAGCAA